GGCCGUGCCCCUAUCCCUAUGGCAGUGGUGCGGAGGGAGCUGUCAUGUGAGUCUUACCCCAUCGAGCUGCGCUGCCCCGGCACUGACGUCAUCAUGAUCGAGAGCGCCAACUACGGCCGCACCGAUGACAAGAUCUGCGACUCAGACCCCGCCCAGAUGGAGAACACUCGCUGUUACCUGCCUGAUGCAUACAAAAUCAUGUCACUCAGAUGCAACAACCGUACCCAGUGUGCGGUGGUGGCUGGGCCAGAUGUUUUCCCUGACCCCUGCCCUGGCACAUACAAAUAUUUGGAAGUCCAAUAUGAGUGCGUCCCAUACAAAGUUGAACAAAAAGUAUUUCUCUGCCCUGGCAUUCUGCGAGGAGUGUACCAGAGUGAACAUCUCUUCGAAUCAGAUCACCAGUCCGGUGCGUGGUGCAAAGACCCACUGCAGGCCUCAGACAAGAUCUACUACAUGCCCUGGACCCCAUACCGCACUGACACACUGACAGAGUACUCGUCAAAGGAGGACUUCAUAGCAGGACGUCCCACCACCACCUACAAACUCCCACACCGUGUGGACGGGACUGGUUUUGUAGUCUAUGACGGUGCUCUGUUCUUCAACAAGGAGCGCACACGCAACAUUGUAAAGUUUGACCUGCGCACUCGCAUCAAGAGUGGUGAGGCCAUCAUUGCCAAUGCCAACUACCACGACACCUCACCAUACCGCUGGGGGGGAAAGUCGGACAUUGACCUAGCAGUGGACGAGAACGGGCUGUGGGUGAUCUAUGCAACAGAGCAGAACAACGGGCGAAUCGUGGUGAGCCAGCUCAACCCCUACACCCUGCGUAUCGAAGGUUCCUGGGACUCAACGUAUGACAAACGCUCCGCCUCCAAUGCGUUCAUGAUCUGCGGAGUCCUGUACGUGGUCAAAACGGUCUACGAAGAUGACGACAAUGAAGGGACUGGAAACAAAAUCGACUACAUGUACAACACUGAUAAGAGCAAGGAGAUGACGGUCAACAUACCAUUCCCCAAUUCCUACCAGUACAUCGCCGCAGUGGAUUACAACCCGAGAGACAACCUGCUGUACGUGUGGAAUAACUACCACGUGGUCAAGUACUCGCUGGACUUCGGCAACAAUGACUAUCGCCCACCUCCCAUUAUGCCUCCAAACCGAGGAGGAGGAGGAGGAGGCGGAGGCGGAGGGGGUCCAGUUGUAGGCGGAGGUUCCUCCUCUUCAUCAACCAGCCGCACCACCACCACUCGUUCUCCUCCCUACUUCACCACCCCCCGGCCUCUCCUCACCAUCUCCCCUGGCCAGCGCUGGAGGACCACCACCACGGUUCGUCAGCCAAUCCCGGUUCCCGCCGGUGGUUCAGCAUCCGACACCAACCAGAUUCCCGACACCAACCAGAAAGGAGGGCGCUCUCCCCCGGCGCAGGUCCCCCCAGCGGCCCCUCAGCCUGCUCCCCUGCCUCCACAAGACUUCUGCAGUCCAAGGCUGACAGCCGAGAUAUCAUGGCCCCGGACGCAGCAAGGCCAGAAAGCCAAGCAGCCCUGCCCUGUAGGAACCCUGGGCGUGGCCACGUACGUGUGCAUGGCCCAUUUGGGCUACUGGGAUCCCAAAGGGCCUGACCUCAGCAACUGCACGUCGCCCUGGGUCAACCACAUUAUGCAGAAACUCCGUUCCGGCGAGACAGCAGCAAUCGUGGCCAGAGAGCUGGCAGAGCAGACCAAAGGUCUUCUGCGUCCUGGCGAUGUGCCAUCCACCGUGCGGGCCAUGGCCCAACUGGUGGAGCUGCUGGACGUACAGCUCAGGAACCUCACCCCCGGGGGCAAGGACAGCGCAGCCCGCAGCCUCACCAAGGCUAUGGUGGAGACGGUGAAUAAUUUGCUGCAGCCACGAGCCCAGGCGGCCUGGAGAGAACUGCCCACCAGCGGACAGCUGCACUCAGCCACUCUGCUCCUCGACACUGUGGAGACGGGAGCUUUUAUGUUAGCCGACAACCUCCUCAAGACCGACACUGUGCAGGAGACCACAGACAACAUCCACGAAGCGAGGAUUCAGGAUUCAUGCUCGUGUUCUGCUGUGAAGCACUUAGUACGAAAAGAGUACGGCAAAUGUCUGCGCACUCACUGCUGCAGCGGCAAGAGCGUGGAGACGUCAAUCUCCUCCUCCAGCAAGACCACCACCUCAAGGACCCCCGGCCGCUACUCCACAGGCUCACAGAGUCGUAUCAGGCGGAUGUGGAAUGACACUGUGAGGAAACAGGAGUCUUCCUUCAUCACUGGAGACAUCAACAGCUCCGCCACGCUCAACAGAGUCUAUAACAACCCCGCCGUGGGCAUGUACAACACCCAAGCACCGUACCGAGACACAAAGGGCAUCCUGAACAACGCAAGAGACUCCAGUGUAAUGGAUACACUCCCUCUUAAUGGUAACCAUGCCAACAACUACAGCAUGGCCAGCAGCGAGUACCUGAGCGACUGCGUCCAGAUCUUGGACCGUAGUGGCGGCUACGGCACCCACGGCAAUCAUAAGGAGACGACCCUGGAGAAGAAGAUCCUCAAGGAGCUGACCUCCAAUUACAUCCCCUCCUACCUCAACAACCAUGAGAGAGCGACCACCGAACGCAACCACAACCUGAUGAACAAGCUGGUCAACAGCAGCAUGGCCAAUGGAG